CUGUUGUCAAAAAUGUCUGACCGAGCAUGGUUGUUUUCAUAAAUCAGGAAUAUUAUUGAAUUAGUUUGACCAUUUAACGAAAUUCUGAUCAACUGCGACAUGAAGCUAAAGGAACUUGAAGGUUGGUUGCAGCAGCUAGAUAGUUUUGAGUCUCCAAAGGUUGCCUUAGAGCAGUAUGCGACCACUGCACACAUCGCAGCGCAUAUGUUAUUUACGAUUGAUAGGACAUUCGGUGACAUAAACCAAAAAGUAGUUGCAGAUUUUGGUUGUGGAUGCGGAGUGUUAUCCAUAGGAGCUGCAAUGCUUGGAGCUCAGGUUUUAUCAUUUGAUAUUGACUCGGAUGCUCUAGAUAUUGCACAAUGCAAUGCCGAGGAGUUUGAAGUUCAUCCUUCAAUCGACUUCAUAAAAUCGGACCUGUCAACAGAUGUCCUGUCAAUCAGCGAUGCUUCCAAAGGCAUUUUAGUAGAUACUGUCAUCAUGAACCCGCCAUUUGGGACUAAGAAUAAUGAAGGUAUUGACAUGAAGUUCCUGAAAAAUGCUUUGAUGUUGGCCUCAAAUACGGUUUAUUCACUACAUAAAACUUCAACAAGGGAAUUUGUUCUGAAAAAAGCCAAAGAGUGGAACUCAGAAGCAACAGUACUAGCAGAGCUGAGAUAUGAUCUCCCAAGGACAUACAAGUUCCAUAAAAAGCAGAGUCUUGACAUUCAUGUAGACUUCAUACGGUUCAGUAAAAUUCCAACAUGACGCUGAACAUAUUACUUGCAAGGUUGAUUAAUCAUUCACAAUUUGGUAAUGCAUAUAGGUGCAUUGUUCUAGGCAGAGGCAGCACCAUAUACCUUUUCCACAAACUGUAUUCUUAUCCCCAGAAGUCUAGAUAACCUCACCAGAUGGAUAGUAACAAAGUUAUUAGGAAUUUCAGCUUUUCUUUAAGUGUGAAAACUGGAAACCUUUAGCAAACCCUACAUAUAGCAUUGUAAAUUUCUGAUCCUUUUUAUUCAGCCUAGCAAAAUCUUUCCAGUGUCUGCAGUUCUCUGUUUAAAAGGCCAGCAGUUCUUUGCUUAAACAAAUUUACUCUUGUUCAAAAAGUUUUUUAUAUUGCAGCCAAACUUCUCAUUCUUCACCAAAAAGAUUCUUUAUAUAGUAGGGCCUUUCACAAAAUUCCUCAUUUGCUCCACACCUUUUAUUUGGGUUGGGCA